GAUACCCAAAGACCAAAUCUGUGUCAAGAAUCUGUCAUUGUUCUCUUCUGUCCCUAUAUUCAUUCUUCUUGCUCCAUUAAAUAUAUAAAUAUAUUCAAUCUCGGCUCUCUUUCACCUGAGAAUCUAAAAUGCAAAGAGCCGUUGACCAUGUUCUUGCUGUCACAAAAGAGGCGGUGAAGAUGAUCACAUUUGAAUCAUUACACAAUAUUGUAAGGCUUAUAAAUGGUUUGUCAGCACUUUUACUGGCUAUAAUGCCGGGAAAGGCUUCUAUUCUUGAAGGGAUGCAAGGGUGGGAGCUAAGGCCGACUGUACGAGGACCUCGGCUUCCACGAUGGAUGGAGAACGGCGCAUCAUCUUUCAAUCACUUCAUUCAUGAACUUGCUGUAGAUUCUGAUGAAUGCUCAAGUGUAGAUUAUUCGUCUGAAGAAGAUAAUAGUGAUGAUAACUUCUCUCCUAAAACUCCAUUGUCACAACGAUCUCGAGUACUUAGAUCAACCAGCUUUGGCAGGCAUGAUAGGCGUCGGGGGCGUCGUAGCCGUUGCUUCAGAUUCAUAUUGGCAUGGCUUCUAUUUCCUGCAAGGUUAAUGAUUGGGAUACUGUUUUACAUCUUCCGUGUAUCUCCUUCCAGGAGCUUGAAUGUAGCCAAUGGCUCGGGAAAUCAGCAACCUAAAGAUUCCAGUACUUGUAAGGAAGCAAGCACCCUCAAGGACCAUAUCGUGCAACAUGCCACUGAUAAGAGACGUGGAGUUAUAGAGGACCUCUAUCUAGGAAUCGAGAUUUUUAUUGAAGCUGUAUUUGAUCUUUUCCACAAAGCAGCACACUGUCUUCUCUCGCCUCUAGACACAGCCAAAAGGCUUAUAAGAUGGUUUUGUUUUCGUCGCAGUAAAGGUAAAGCUAGUUGCGCUUCAAAAGCUUCCGUUCCUACUACUAUUCUUGCCGAGGGUGAUCCAGCUCCUACCACAAGAACUGUUACUUUUCGCGAUUCCUUGAAUACAGAUACCCGGACAUGCCGGGAUGUCAUAACAGAGCUAGGGUAUCCUUAUGAAGCUAUACGUGUAGUUACUGCUGAUGGAUAUGUCCUCUUACUGGAAAGAAUACCUAGACGUGAUGCACAGAAGGUUGUUUAUCUCCAACACGGAGUUUUUGAUUCUUCUAUGGGGUGGAUUGCCAAUGGAGUUGUUGGUUCACCAGCAUUUGCGGCCUUUGAUCAAGGAUAUGAUGUUUACCUUGGGAAUUUUCGUGGUUUGGUUUCUAGAGAGCAUGUUGACAAGAAGAUUUCCUCGCAACAGUACUGGCAUUACUCCAUCAAUGAGCAUGGCACUGAGGACAUACCAGCAAUGAUUGAGAAAAUACACGAAGUGAAAAUGUCCGAGUUAAAGUCUCUCAAGCCCAACCUGGAGAAAGAUGGUGAACAACCUUACAAAGUUUGUGCAAUUUGCCACAGCUUAGGAGGAGCUGGUAUCUUGAUGUAUGCUGUAACAUGCAGGAUAAAGGAAAAGCCUCAUAGGCUCUCAAGAAUCAUCUUAUUAUCACCCGCAGGCUUCCACCAUGAUUCCAACUUCGCAUUUAAAUUACUUGAGUAUGCAUUCCGAUGGUUGGCUCCUAUUUUAAAGCCCCUCUUUCCCGCAUUUUAUAUUCCAACUAGGUUCUUUCGUUUGCUGCUUAACAAAUUGGCACGUGAUCUUCAUAACUACCCUGCAGUGGGAGGACUUGUUCAAACCUUAAUGAGUUAUGUUGUUGGCGGGGAUAGCUCAAAUUGGGUCGGAGUUCUAGGAUUACCACACUAUAAUAUGAACGACAUGCCUGGAGUUUCAUUCCUAGUAGUUCUUCAUCUGGCCCAAAUUCUACAUAAUAGAAAGUUUAUAAUGUUUGAUUAUGGCUGCAGAUCCGCCAAUAUAAAGAAAUAUGGUUCUCCUAAACCAUUGGACUUAGGACAGCACUACGGGUUGAUUGAUCUUCCUGUAGACCUUGUUGCUGGACGGAAGGACCAAGUGAUCCGCCCAUCAAUGGUGAGAGAACACUACAAGGUGAUGAAAGAUGCAGGGGUGAAGGUAUCAUUCUAUGAGUUUGAAUAUGCCCAUUUAGAUUUUACAUUCUCUCACCGUGAAGAACUAUUGGCAUAUGUAAUGUCUCGUUUACUAUUAGUGGCACCUGCUCCUAGUCCAAAAUCUUUGAAAAUGAAGUAUACAACAUCAGAAAUUGUAGAGGAAACUAGGUAAAAGCGCAAACUACUUGAAGUAGAUUUCGAUGCUUUAAGGUUGAAAAAUGUUUCUUGUUGUAUAGCCAGUAUAUCUGUAGAUAGUAUGCACCAAGGAUAGCUAAUCUUGUACAUUGUGUGAAGACAAUCAUAAUAUAGGUAGUAGAUGCCUCCGCCACUUCGGCACUUCGAC